UCGCUCCGUGAUUUUUACUAAAAAACCUAGUAAUUAGCUGUUCUUAAAUUUCAAUUGGUGAUAAAUACUAAUCCUAGUAAGAGAGGCUACUAAAUAAAAAACAAUUGUGCGGUGUACGAAUGUAAUUUAGGCUAUAAAACACAGUUUAAACAUUCAGUGAAAAGUGAUCAUCUGUUCGGGUCAGCUGACCGGUGACAGCCAAUCAGCUGUUAGACUCUGCGCGGGCGCAUUUAUCGUGUGUCGUUGAUAUUUAGUGCAAUUUGAAACUUAUUCCGUAGGCGUACAGUACAAUUUACAAUGGCAAGCUGUGGAGGAUGCUUUCGAAAAAUAACCGACGGGAGAGUUUUGAAAUGCUGCAACUGCCUAAAACUGUACGACCUCCUUUGUGCGAAUGUUUCAGUUGACUUUUAUAAUGGCAUGGGACCUGACCAGAAACUUUCGUGGAAGUGUGUCGAGUGUAAAAGUGUCGAGCCUCGGAGGGACAACACAAACACGCCAAUACGGUGUGAAAAUAUAAACAUGUGCCGGGGUGCACGGACCCAGGUCGUCUUGAGCCCCACGGAGCCAGAGGGCCACAGCUCCAUCAUGGAGGUGUCCUACACGGACGGACACAACACCACCCCGCGCGACAAUGGACUGGACUCGACCCGCGUCACCGACACGCAGCUGCUUGUCACCGAGCUCCGGCUCUUCCGCGAGGAGCUGCGCGUGAUGAGCCAGGAGAUACACGCUCUUCGCACAUCCCUGGAGAGCCUGACAGCCAGGAUCGAUGGCUGCGAUGGGCGGAUCGACAACUGCGAGGGGCGCAUCGACGCGCUCUGUGCCCGUGUCGAGUCGUUGGAGAGCAGACCUCAGUCUCAGACUGCCCCCGACAACUCUCUUGUCGAAACCGUAUCGCAGCUUAGGAUGGAGCUCAACGACCGCGACCAAGAGUUGUUACUAAAUGACAUAGAAAUAUCUAGCGUACCGGAGAGUAGGGGCGAAAAUGCUAUGCAUUUAGUGACAACCUUGGGUAAAAAGUUGGGAGUUGAACUCACAGAGCACGACAUCGUCGACGCCACGCGUGUGGGGCGCGCACCUCAGCUGGAGGAUGGUCUCCACGGGCCGGCAGCGCGGCCGCGGCCGCUCGUGGUGCGCCUGGCACGCCGCGCCGUCAGGGAUCGCCUGCUCCAGGCUGCGCGCGUGCGCCGCGGGGUCACCACGGAGGGCACCGGCAUCCCAGGUCGAACCAGUGCCUUCUAUGUGAACGAGCGAUUGACUCCCCACAACCGACGUCUCUUAUAUAAGGCUCGGGAGCUGAAGCAGCAGCACUCUUGGAGGUACGUCUGGACCAGGGACGGAAAGAUCUUCGCUCGGCAGCAGGCAGGCACGAGUUCGCCCCGACACCGCAUUCGCACUGAACUAGACCUAGGUCGUGUUUUUGGCUCAAUAUAGGUUUGCCCACAAUAUUAGUUUGAUAUGUAGCUUGCUAGUGCUUUUGUCUGCCACCAACGUCUGUCUACCACUGUUACUGUUGCCGCGUAACACUUAUUACACUAUUGAAAAACGCACAAUACACGUAAACAAUCAAUACACACAUUACACUUGUUAUUUUAAUCAGAAUACAAUGUUUACACUUAUUAGUAUAUUAAAUAUUUUUGGACUUUUUACUAUAUUUACUCGAUUACCUACUUAUUUUAUACAACCACACGCCGAAAAACACAUUUGCAUAAUUAACCUCAAACUCAUUUCGCUCACGAUCACCGCAUCUGGUUGCAAUGCAAAACCGGUUCUGUUUAGCCGCCCGCUUAUCCUUAUCUUUAAACGCUAUGUAGAAUGAGUCGAAAACAGCUACGUAUAGGUUUGUUCAACGCGGGUUCGUUGGGCACAAACCAUGAUAACUUCUUAGCAACCUGCACUCGAUUGGAUAUGGA